ACGUAUAUGCGUGUAUCCGCGGGCGCGCUCGCUGCUCAAUUUACGAACAACAGUUACGGCAAAUGUGUUGCUCUUGGAGAGAAACGCGCUGUUCCUAAAAUUUCUGUACCGUGACAAAAUGUCAAGCGCGUGAUACGCGUCUUCCGCCUCUGCGGCACAUCACGCGCGCGCGCAUUGUUAUAGAGUAGAGUGUCCGCGCUUUGGCGGCGCGUACGAAUGAUAAAUGCUCUCUCAAGUGCCCUAUAACGACACUUUAGAAAGUUAUUAGAAUGUAGGCGGGCUAGAUCGACUCUUCCGAUAAGCGAGAACAAGCUCAAGGAUAACAGUGAAAUUAGAAAGGCAAUAAUUAAUUAAUAAUUUUGAAUAACUGUCAAACCAAGUAUCACUGCGCCGCCGAAAGACGCGCGAUUUUCGGAAUGCCGUGUUAAAGUGCAUCAAAGCAAUUUCGUUUUUACCCGGCGAGGAGGAUAUUAUGAUUUCGUAGAGAGAGAGAGAGAGAGAGAGAGUUAAAAUUGAAUCCCGGCGCGAACAAGAAGGUCGAACUGGCGUUCCAGUCGGGAGAAUUUCGAGCGCAAGCUCCACAUUCGGCGCGGCGAGGCUGGCCAUUAAAAUGCCGCCGAGUUUUCGCGGGCUUUCGGAAAAAUGGAAAGUCCGACUGCGGUGACGACUGGCACAGACGUAGGUAGAAGCCCCAGGAGCGCGAUGUCCCGCUCGUUGAUUUUCAAAUUUUCAAGCGCGCUCGGACUGCCCUCGUCCACGAUCCUAAUGGCCGCGUAAUCCCCUGGCGUGGAUAAUGAGCUUCGGAGUUGGCUCCCCUAUACGUGUCCUAGAAGCUGUGGCGCUCGCUCGGCAUCCUGUCUGCCGGUCCGCGGCUCAGUCUGACUUCCGAGCUGCCGCGACGAUGUCAUCGGUCAUCUUGCCGCAGUGCUCCGUGCGUCUGAAGAGCAUCAACAAGUUGUAGUAGAGCUGGCGCCAUGAGCUUGGCGCUUCGGCUCGCGGCUCUCGGGCUUUUGCUCUUCGGUUCCGUCCAGCCCGAGUGGGUCGAGAUCCCCCAGUUUUCCGACCAGCAGAAGGUCUACAGGCCGCCCCAGAAACCCAGCAUUCAUCAUCAUUCUCAUCAUCCUCAUCAUCAGCAGCAGCAGCAGCACAGCAGUGCCGAUCGGUUCAGCCAGAAGGUCAGCUUUCAUCAAGAGAUCGGUUUGCGCAACGUGAGCGGAUUCCCCGGGAACCGGCGACGUCCCGCCUACUCCAGCAACGAACCUUCGCCAACGAUAGCGACCUAUACUACUGAGAGGCUCAUCGGCAGCAUCGUCGGCGAGGAGACGCAUCUGCCCGAGACCGACGAAGGCGUCCAAGUGGAAACUUUCGAGGAAGAGGACAAUAUUAAUCGGUUCGAGCAGCCGCCGAUCGAGGACGAUGAGGACGAGGACGUUAGAACGACGACGGAAGCGCUGGAGACCAGCACCGAAGCCACGACCGGCGACUCGUCGACGAGCCAACAAGCCGAGGAAGGCAAUAAGGGAUUCCUCGACUAUCUUCCGAUCGAUCUUCUCAAGCGGGUCCACAAGACGCUCCAAUCGCAACCGGCCACUCUCAAGGGCAAAAUACGAUUUUUGAAACUGUUCGAGCGGACUUUAGUCAGCGAAAUCGAAUCGCGGUUAAGUGCUGCUCUCUCGCCCGCUCGAAUGCCCAGAGACGCGAGAGGACACCACGAGUACCACGACGAGCACGAGCACGGGAUUGGAUUCCCUUCGUUGGAAGGGACACUCAUGGCCAUUUCGUUUCUGACCUUCGCCGUUUACUUGGUUAGAUUAGUCAUGAUGCUCUUUCGAAGCGCGAACAACGGCAACGCGGCUCCAAUAUUUAUCGGACGAAAGAGAAGAUCGGUUGACCAUUUUCCCGAAGAGACUGCCCGAAUACUCGGCUAUCUGGACUCGGCUCUACCGUCUCGCUAUUGAUUGGCAUGACGAUGUAAGAGCCGAAAUUUCUAAAAUGCGAAAGAACUCGCAUGACAAGUUAAUAUACGACAUUGUAACGUAUACCUGCAUCGAUCAAGUAGAAAUUAAAAUUUAUUCCUUUAAAACGAAAUAUACAUGCUUAUUGAUAUUUGCAAAAAAAUUGUAAAAAAUUAUUGCACACCACUUUUCGGAGAUAUUUACUCAUUAUUAUAUAUUUUUUAUUGUAAUAUGUAUAUAGUAUAGUUUAUUGCGUAUGCUAUACGAUAUGAUAUAAAGGCAGCAAUAAUUAUAACACUCAAUCAAUACAAAAUUGA